AUGUCUGCAAAGCUCACGUCUGGUGCGAUCCUCCCCGAUCUCGCGCACGAGAAGGAUCAGCUCAUCCUGAACGACCUCUUCGCAGCUGAUCUCUCCCACUUCUCCCGCUUCUCCAAGGAAUACACCGCUGCCUCCGACCCUACCAACAAUUUCCUUCUCGAUUACUCCAAGAGCCGAAUCACCCAGCCUAUUUUCGUAACUCUCUUCAACCUCAUUCGCAAAGCCAGUGUCGAGCAGGUCCACGGCAAGGUGUUCAUCGCGCCUCCCCCACGUCGCAAAGCACUUUGUUGCCCUCUCAGAACGAAGGAGAAGGUGGUCAAUGUGUUCGAUAUUGCAAAGGAGAACAUGUUCGGCUUCUGGGACUGGGUUGGCGGCUGCUAUAGCUUCUGGAGCGCGAUCGGCCUCUCGAUCACGCUUGUGAUCGGGUAUGAACACUAUGAGGCUCGCCUUUGCGGCGCGCACGACAUAGACGCUCACUUCCUCACCGCACCACUCGAGAAGAACCUGCCCGUGCUCCUCGCUGUCAUUGGGCUCUGGUACAACAAUUUGCGCACAGACGUACGCGCGGCUCCGUACGACCAGCACACGCACAAAUGUGCAGACUACUUACAUUCUUGCGACAUGAAGUCUAGCGGUAAGGUCAUCACCAAGGGCAGCAAGCGUGUUGACUAUCAGACCAUCCUGGUUAUUUGGAGCGUGGCCAGCACGAAUGGGCAGCACUCAUUCUACCAGCUGCUGCACCAGGGUACAAAUAUUGUCCCGGCAGACUUCCUAGCCCCUGGGAUGUCGCACAAUCCGCUCCGUGGCUCCCUGCACCGCCGCAUCCUGCUCAGUAACUACUUCGUGCAGUCCAAGGCGCUGGUGUUCGGCAAGACCGAGGAGCAGGUCUGCCGGGAGGUAGGCUCGGGAGCGAACGAGGCGCUUAUGAAGAGUAAGGUUGUCGAGGGCAGCCGACCGAGCAACAGCAUCUUCUUCCCGCUACUCAGGCCCGCGACGCUAGCUCAUCGUUCUCUACGAGCCCAAGAUCUGCACACAGGGCAUCAUCUGGGGCAUCAACUCGUUUAG